AUGCAAUCAAUAGGUCGUCGAGCCCACAUUGUAAACUUGGACCCCGCGGCAGAUGCAACUGAAUUUGAAUUCACCAUUGAUAUACGUGAUCUAAUUUCUUUACAAGAUGUAAUGGAAGAAUUGGACUUGGGUCCCAACGGUGGUUUAAUUUAUUGUUUCGAAUACUUGUUGCAGAAUCUAGAUUGGCUAGAUGAGGAAAUUGGUGAUUAUAAUGAUGAAUAUCUUAUAUUUGAUAUGCCGGGUCAAAUUGAAUUAUAUACGCAUAUACCAGUGGUGCCGACAAUUGUUAAUCAUUUGAAACUGAGUCUAGGUUUUAAUUUGUGUGCUUGUUAUUUAUUGGAAUCGGCUUUUGUUAUUGAUGCUUCCAAGUUUUUCAGUGGUGCUUUAAGUGCCAUGUCAGCGAUGAUAUUGUUGGAAUUGCCUCAUAUUAAUAUCUUGUCCAAGAUUGAUUUGAUUAAAGAUGAAGUUUCGAAACGGAAAUUGAAACAAUUUUUGAAUCCUGAUCCUUAUUUGUUGGCAAAGCAAGAAGAUGAAAUAAAUCCUCAGUUCACGAAAAUGACCAAGAGUAUAGCUCAAUUGAUUGAUGAUUUUGGUAUGGUACAGUUUCUUCCAUUGGAUUGUUCAAAAGAUAGCAAAAGUGUUGAAAAUAUAUUGAGUUAUAUUGAUGAUGUAACUCAAUGGAGUGAAGCACAAGAACCUAAAGAACCAAAUGAUCAAAUUGAAAUACCCGAUGAUGCAUUUUGA